GAGUUUUAUCAGAAAAGCCGGAGUUUGUUAUUGUUGUGUUUGGCCCCAAAAAGGCACUUUUCAAAGUGAAAUUUGAAAAACAAACUAUAUCAUCCAGAGAUGUGUCGUAUUCUAAUUUAUGGAUGUCACGCUGUGGAGCAGAAAAUAACAACCGAAGGAGUACAAACGGUAAUACCGUGCAGGCAAAUUGAUGACUCCAAGGACGACAAGAGAAACGAGAGAUACCAAGAAUUUGAUGCAGAAAUUGUGAUAGCCCAUGCCAGAUUUCCUGAAUCUCACAAAUUAGUAUUUGUUCAGAAUGCUAAAGAAGAGGAGUUUGAGGUCAAGAGUGAAACUGAAGAACUUGGAGAAGUGGUCGUACCAAUUGAACCAUAUUCACCAAAGGAAGAAUCUGACAGACUGAGUAGGUUGUCCGACAGUGAAGAUCAAGAACGAGAAAAUGAACCAAAGGUUGAUCCAUUGAAGAAGAGAAGGAAAGUACGAAAACCACAGAAACCUAUUUCUGACGCUCCAUACAACUGUUCAGAAUGCGGAAAGAUCCUCAAAGCCAGGCGAACCUAUCUCACUCACAUGCAUAGACAUCGCAAACGGAAGUAUUUCUGUGAACUCUGUUCUAGAACCUUCACCGACCUAGAAAACCUAAAGAGGCAUAUGCGUAAACACACGGGAGAGAGAGCAUUUCCCUGCAACAUCUGUCCGAAAUCUUUCAAUUCUCGCUACCAUCUCGAGGAUCAUAUUCGCAUCCAUACAAAUGAGCGCCCCUUCCAAUGUUCCCACUGUCCAAAUGCCUUCCCAUCCAAGUCCAAUCUUCAUUCUCACAUGCGAACUCAUGUGGGAGUGAAGGUGGUCUGUGAAUUAUGCGGAAAAACUCUAUCGUCAAUGUCUUGCCUCACAAAACACAUGACCAGCCACAAGGAUCUAAAAUUUGAGUGUUCUGUCUGCAAGAAAACCUUCUCCUCCAUUGCAAUACGCGAUCGUCAUGUAAAAACACAUACCGGAGAGAAGAAACACAAAUGCAACAUUUGCGAUAAAGCUUUUGUCCGAAAAGAUCAUGCUAAGAAUCAUAUGGCUAUGCAUGUCAAGCGUGCCCGGGAUAAGCCAUAGUGAUACAAAUUUUAAAAUUGAAUAAUUUUAGGGAAAAAUAAAUAUCAUAAACUAA